UAGACCAGACAGACAGUUCAGGAACCUGAAAUUCAAUACCUAAAGUUCUAUGUUGACAAAAAAUCAUUGCUCGCUUUCUGACCUAAUUUUCCUAGUUUCAACGGCGUCAACGAAUUCGUAAGUUGUCUGUUUCCCGCAGAAGUUAGAUAUAAUUCUUAGCAAUGACAUAACUGCAGUGACGGCCACGGCCAGUUCGGUUCGUUGUCAAAUCAUAACAUUUCGCGAAUUCAAUAAAUACAAUAUAAAAAUGUUCAGACUGAAUGUCCUGCACAUCAUGGUGGCUUUCACGUCAGUUUGGUGGGCAUCGGAUUCUGCAUCAUCAGCAAGAUUUGACACUGGUUUAACAAAAGCAGGGGACAGUGUACCUGUCACUACACCGCUGGAGAAUCCUACCACAAAUCCAUCCUACACUAUACAGACAGAAGCAUUUCUGAAAACGCAAAUUAAGCCACCUACAGCCACUUUAUCAGGCAUUGCUUUGGUGACAACUAUCCAUCCCCCUGCACCCUCCAGAUUUGAUGCCGGCAGCUUCCUGGGAGGGAUGAUGCUGGCCCUCAUCCUCACACUGGCCAUCGCACUUGGAUACAAACUAGCGUGCACCAAGCAGGAUGUACGCUACCGUACCCUGAGGGAGGAGCAUGAGGCUAUCAUAUAGCUUACAUCCUGGGACAUGUCAGUAGGCGACCUACAGAUUAUGGCAUUGAAUGAAAUUAGCCACUGAUCUUGAAGGUUAUUUGGUGAAAUGUAUAUCUUGUGAUAUAGAUUAUUCAUGAUAAAGCAUCACACAUUACAUGACACAUUUAUUAUUUGAUUUUUGGUCUCUAAAGUGACAAAUAAAUGAUUUUGAAUACAAUAAACACAUCUUUAUUUGAGACGAGUUUGAUUAUACAAAUAAUGUAUCUUUGUUGUGAGCUGCUGUUAGGUCAAGCAGUGUGUAGAAUGUCACAAGACAACAAUAACAAAGUAUAUACUUUAUUUCAGGCCAAUUUAAAAGUAUUAUAUAAAGAGAUAUAAUGUAACAGAAUUUAUGGUUCUAAAAUACAUGCACAUAUGUAUCUAUCAAAAAUUAACAGAUCAUCAAUGCUGAAUAUAAAGUCAUUUCAUGUGCAUUUAGAAAUAUCUAAAUACCAAUCCUUUAACUUGUGUGAUUAGUUCUACUUCUACAAAGACAGUAAACAGCUACAAUAUUCAGACAAUAACACGCUAACUAAGCAUAGAAUCAUGGUUUCUGUGACGAAUACAUCAUUUAUAGUUAAAAUUCUGUAGUCGUGCAAUAUAAGCACUGUAGUGUACUGUACCACCAUCUUUAAAAAGUAACUUUAGUUGCAUUUUGCACACACCAACACUGUUUGUCCAUCUUUAGCCACCAGCAACAUACUUGAUGCAAGAUAAAUAUAAUCUGAGUGGAAAAGUCUUAAUCAGAAUCAGUUGUCAAUUCCCACGAUAACACAAUCUGUCUCCGAUCUGUACAUUUGUUCUGUAAAGUUGACACCGCAUCUUUGCAGUUAACAUCAACUGACAAUGCAUUCAAUGUCACAAGUCACUAGAUGUUACUGGGUAAAAAAACAUCCAGAGAAGGCUGUAAAUUGCUGAUCUGCUAUAUACACAUUUUGAUAGUGUACUCAUACUGUAAACAUCUAAUAAUGCACAUAUUCUGAUGAGGAAGAAAAAGCAACUAGAAUCCGCAUCUAUUAGAAUUUAAAUGUACUUAACUUUGCUGUAGUGUCCUCUAGAUCCAAAAGAAUGUAAACAACAUGUGACACAACAAGCACUCUGGAAGAACCAUACUAUUUCUGUUCUACAACUCACCGUGUUAGUCAGUCAAUACCACCAUCACAUCUACAAAUGAGCUCUCUUAGCUAGAUUUACUCACGUCUCCAUCAAAAAACUUAAAUUCCACUGUACAUCAUUUUCUCAUUAGCUUAUACAUUUAGGCUUACACAAGUUAACAAAUCAAAUAAUUUUG